AUGGCCUUCAUCGGGUUCCUGGGGACCAUCAUGAUCUGUGCCCUGCCCGUGUGGAAGGUCCCUGCCAUUGUCGGAGCCAACAAUGUAACCACCCAGGUGUUCUGGGAGUGGUUAUGAAUGAACUGUGUGAUCCAGACCAUAGGCCACAUGCAGAGCAGAGUCAACAAUUUUCUCCUGGCCUUACCCCAGGAAACGAAGGCCUCCCGGGCUCUCUGUCUCCAUCGGGUUCAGUGUGCUCUCCAUCGGCCUGACCGUGGUCGGUGCGCGCUGCACCAACUUCCGAGACUACUGCUUAGCAUUGCGGUGGGCGCAGUGUUAUCCUUGUCAGCUGAUCGGCACACACCAUCAUCCAGGGGUUCUGCCACCCAGGAGAGGAGAGCUGGGGUGUCCAUCUAUGUAGGCUGGGUGGCUGGAGCUCAGCUCAUCAUUGGAGGGAGGAGAAGGACAUUAGUUAUGGAUGACAAAAAAGAGAGGAUCUCAAAAGCUAUCCUUGUCCUGGAUUGA